GCACCAUCCACAAAAAUGUCUCUCCCUCAGCCCGUUCCCCCUUCCUGGAAGGACCUUGGCAAGUCGUCCAACGACCUCUUGAGCAAGGACUACCCCAUCCACGGAACCUCGCUCGAGGUUAAGACCCAAACCCCCUCCAACGUCGCCUUCAAGGUCGCUGGAAACAAGGACUCCAAGUCUGCUGUCAUCACCGGUGACCUCGAGGCCAAGUACACCGACAAAGCCCACGGCCUCACCGUCACCCAAGCCUGGACCACCUCCAACGUACUCCGCAACCAGGUUGAACUCGAGAACCAGCUCGCCAAGGGCCUCAAGCUCGACCUCACCACCAGCCUUGCUCCUGAGAAGGGUGCCAAGACUGCUGUCCUCGGCGGUGUCUUCAAGCAGAGCGGUCUCCACACCCGGGCUGUCCUUGACCUCUUCAAGGGCCCUACCUUCACCACCGAUGCCGUUGUCGGCCGCGACGGUUUCCUCGCUGGUGCUGAGGCUUCCUACAACGUUACCGAGGGUAAGGUGACCCGCUACGCCGCCGCCCUCGGCUACAACGCCCCCGAAUACGCCGUUACCCUCCACGGUCUCAACAACCUCAGCACCUUCACCGCUUCCUACUACCACCGCAUCAACCGCGACGUCGAGGCUGGUGCCAAGGCUGUCUACGACCCCAAGGCCACCCACGGCGGUGUUGCCCUCGAGGUCGGCUCCAAGGUCUACCUUGAUGCUGCUGCCUUUGUCAAGGCCAAGAUCAACAAUUCUGGUGUCAUUGCUUUGGGGUACACCCAGGCCCUCCGUCCUGGCGUCAAGGCUUCCUUCGGUCUCGCUCUCGACACCCAGAAGUUGAACGACCCCAACCCCGUUGGUCCUUCGCACAAGGUCGGCCUCAGCUUCGUCUUCGACUCAUGAACUGGCUUUGGGUGGAGGCUGAAGAUGACGAUACGGUGAUGAUUCUGGGCAAUGGCUUGUUUGCCUCUUCCUGACAAUUCUACGACAGUCGUACUUAAUGCCUACCAUUGUCCUGUUCUUCACUCUUGUGGUCUUCAGUUAUUGCAAUUCACGAUAUUAAUGAUCAUUCGUUACGCGGAGAGAUACCGUACUUAUUGAUACAAUAAAAAGCGCAACUC